AUGGAGGAAUCCACGGACGUGAGAGGCGCUGCGACGGGGACAUCGACGCUGGAAAGCGCUGCGACGGGGAAAUCGACGGUGGAAAGUGCUGAGACGGACGAAUCGACGGUGGUGUACCACCCGGGGGAUGAGGAGUACGUGAACUGGGGCAUGAUAAAGCCCCCGGGGGAGCCCCCCGACGACGAGGACCAAAGAGAGGCGGUACACGAGAUGCUCAAGUGGAAGCGGGUCACAGACGAUGAUGCCACCGCAAAGUCUUGA